GUUGUUCCAGUAGGGGGCUCCAGAUGGAUCAACUUUCAGCCAGACCGCGAGACAUGUGGCUGAGACUUUCUGAAAGCUACGCUCCGUUUUUAGCCAAAACAAUUCCAGGCUAGUGCGACUCGUGUGUGGUUUAUAGGAGCAGCUUGGACGCAAGGGCAGUUUACUAGCUGUAAACCAGCCGCACGUGCACUUAAAGUGGAGAACACACAGCUUGAGACUGGACAUGACUGGAGCUGGAAGUGGUGGCCAGGCACCACCUGACGGCAUGGACCCUGAGGAGGCAGAAAGGUGUCCCAUCUGUCUGUGUGUCCUGGCUGGAAGCGAGCUUGCCAUGCCCGACAGCUGCUGCCACGUCUUCUGUCUCGGAUGCCUCCUCACAUGGGCAGAGUUGCAGGUGGCGCCUUCAUGCCCAGUGGACAGAAGACCCUUCACUAAUGUUUACAGAUGGGAUGGGGAUCUAAGUUGUGUGCAGGUUCCUGUAAAGAGGCGACCAACAAAACCUGAAAGUGAGAGUUGUUGCCGUAAGAAACCUGAAAAAGUCUGUCUCAAAAAGAAGCCUGCAAAAAGAAUAAGACGCCAAAAAGCUGAGAUGACGCCAGAUACCAAAUCAAAAGGACUUGUGAGGAAAUGUAAUGAGGAGGAUCCAUCAUCACUAACCAGAAAGAAGAUGAGAGGAAUCGAGUGCUGUGUGUGGUCACCGUCUUCCUGUGUCUCAAUAACAGCCCCGACGCAGGAUGGUGUUUGGGUGACAGAGGACAUAACAUCAGAUACUGCUCUCAAAGAAUGUAAAGCCCAGAUACAAGAAUGUCCGUGGCGCUUUCUUGCUGCCCCUGCUGAUGGCAUCUUAAGGCAGCAUCGCAAUCCUACAACUUGGAACCACAGCUCAUUUUCAUUUGGACACCUUUCAUCUCCCUUCACCUCCAGCAUACUGUUCGGCCCUGACCAUUUUGUCUUUCAGGGUGUUGUCUGCGCUAUCACAUGCCCCAAAGGAGGGGAGAAGCGAGGUGGCCGAGCCUCAACCUCCAAAGUUCCUCCCAAAGAGGCCGAGUCUCUCCCAACCAGGCGAUCUGGGCGAAAUAGUAAAACCCAGGAGGAGACCCCUUUGUCUGAUGCCUCUUCGCCGCCUCAGUCGAAUUCAUCAGAUUGUGACUCGUCUGCCAAAUUGGGCAGGACUUCUAAGAUGCCAGCCAGAAGGAAAGGCAAGCAAGUAACAAACCGAAAAGCCAGUGGUAAGCGGAAAGCUACAGUGAGGAGAAAAAGCUCUCCUGAAGUUGUCAAUAGCUCGUCGGCAAGUGAGGAAGAGGGUGGCGGAGGUGAUGAUGAUGAGGAGGAAGAAAUAACAACUGCACAGAAUAUAAGCAGUGAUCAGCAACAGACUGAUGAUGAAGAGAGCCUCAAUGCAGAUCAAGACGACUUUGUUGAUGAGCAAGAUGGCGCAGACAGUCUGAAUAAUAAUGUGGCACAGGACAACGUCAGUGACACCCAGGAACAAUCUAAUGAGCAUGCAGAAGAAGACAAAACGGAUGAAAGACAUGAACUUCCUGGUCUUGCAGCUGCUAACAGUCCUGGUCCGUGGUCUGGAGGCAACCAGAGCAAAGGAGAGGAGCAAGACCCAGCCAGCCCUGUUUCUUCUAGCGGCAAGGACUCUGAACGAAACUCACCAGUACCCUCUGACUCUCAGAGUGCUCUUACAGAGAACCCAAUGUCUCCACACUGUAAUGAUCAAACUGAGCAGGAUGCUAACAUUUGCAUGGAGUUAGAGGAGGUAAAUUAUGAGUAUUCUUAUGGGGAAAUGAAGGCUAAAUUGUCUGAGAACUUGGCACAACCCAGUUCUCCCUCUGCUGGAAAGGUAGAAGAAAAUGUAGCUGACCCAGACACAAAGAGUUCUGAGGGCACCCAUGUAAAAGCACUUGGUUUACAGGAAUCUUCAGCAGGGGAAGUAACAAAGGAUAAUGAUCUAUCUAAGGACGAUAAUGAAGUUAUCCCCAUGGAUUGUAGUUCACCCACAAGCGAGCAUGGUAGGAGUCCUAUUUCGGAGCCACUAAAUGACUGUGGUGAUGCAGUUGCCACAGGACCCCCUCCCUCUGAACAGCUGCUUGCCAAGGAUGAGAGUAGCAGCGCUCAAGAGGAGAGAGAAAAGAGCCAAGAAAGGAAGAAUGGCAGGCAGCGGAGGUCUCGCUUCCACUCCCCUUCCUCCACUUGGUCCCCUAAGAGGGACUCAAAGCGAGAUUCAUCCAGACGCUCCAAUUCACGGUCCAGAGAGCAUGACAGCAGCCCACCAUCGAGCCGCUCUUCACGGCCUCGCAGCAGAGAGCGAGGCAGGGCCCGGGACAAUGAUAGAGAGCAUUCCAGGCGGGACCGUAGUCGUGAAAGGAGGAGAUGGCGAUCCAGAAGUCACUCCAGAUCGAGGUCCCGCUCCCGGUCAAGGUCUCGUUCCAGAACAAGGUCCUACAGAAGAGGACCCAGCCCUGAACAGCGUUCUUCCAGAGAGCAUUCUCCUCAGCGGAAGGAGCGUCGGGGUGGAUGGAGGUCUGGCCAGGGUAGUGGGUUUGGUGGCGAGGGACGAAGGUAUCAUGGAGGCGCUGGCCGCUUUGAAAAUGGUGAGCCUACUGAUAAUUCCCCUGACCGCCAGGGCUGGUCGGAGAAUCCAGACUGGGUCACAGAAAAGACUUCUGGAGAAUCUGAGGGCAGGAACAAAGACGUUAGCCUCAGUGGCAGCUCACGCUGGGAAGGUCAUCGCAACAGUGGUGGGAGCUUGGCAGAGCCAAGGGGUCAGGGCGGCCGUGGCAGGGGGGCAGGGCGGGGCGGGGGUACCCGUAGCUUCUACAACCAGCAGGAGGAAACAUCGGACAACCGCUGGCAGGCCAGAAACAACUUCUCAGGUACAAGCAACAAUUCAGGGAAUGACUCUUACAGCCGCUUUAAUGAAAACCGAGGUGGGGGGCGGAGGAAAGAGUCGGAGCAGGGCGACUCUAUGCUCGACCGGUCUGGGUGGUCCUCUGCGUCUAGCUGGGCCGUCAGGAGGACGCUGCCUGCCGAUGUUCAAGACUACUAUUCCAAGAGGGAGAGAGGAGGCCCAGGAGGCUGGAACCGACAGGAGGAGGAACAGCAGCCAGCAGCAGGAGAUCCCCCUAAAAGCGAGCCUCAGCCCCAGGCAGUCCCAGGAAAUGCUCCGGUUCCUGUCGUGAGCGUGAUCCCCCCUCACCCCCCUCAGCUAAACGUUCUUCCCCAUCACUACCCCAUGCAGGGCCCUCGAGGAGCCCUGCCAGUCACUUUGCAGCCGGCAGCCCCAUACGCCAUGCCUCCUCAGGUUCCUGUGCACCUUCACUCGGCUGUGCCACUGUUUCAGAUACCUGCUGUCGGUGCUCAGGGUCUGCCGCCCCCUCCCCCACCACCUCCACCCAUGCAGCAAGGCAGCCAGACAGUAGCAGGUCAGGCUGAAGGCCACACCACUCAGAUGGGAACGAACAUUGUGAGCUAUGGGAAACCCGGCCUUCCCACUCUUACCAAAGCUGGCAUUGCUGCAGUGACCCAGGGCCAGCCAGCACCAUGUCAGGCGCUUCCAUCCUCUACAACUCAACCUGGCCACAACAAGGCUCAGGCUGACAGCUCCAAAAAAGAAAAGAAACAACAGAUCCAAGAGAAAGCUAUAAAUGAAGUGAAAACAGCCAUCAAACCUUUUUACCAAAAGAAGGAAAUCACCAAGGAGGAGUACAAGGAAAUUGUGCGCAAAGCAGUAGAGAAGGUAUGUCACAGCAAAAGUGGUGAGGUGAACUCAAGCAAGGUGGCCAACCUGGUGAAGGCCUACGUGGACAAAUACAAACAUGCCCGCAAGAAAUGAACCCGCGCCCCGCUGUGGGCGGGGGGGCCAUACCCUCAUAGACCCAUUCAGCUGCUCAAGUGCAAUUUCCUCUCGCUGGACUCCAGCCUCCCCACAUGAAAAACGAUGGAGAGCUGACAUUUUUGUUUUUUUUUGAUAUCUCUACCUUUUUAUUGAAUAAUUUUUUUUCUAUAGAUUUUCAUAUUUUGUUAGAAAACGAAUGACACAAUCAGAAAUUGUAAUGCAAGAGCCCUUUAUUUUGCAUAGCUCAUGUGACUACUGUAAAGAGCGCAGGGUAGUGUUGAAUGGUCGAUAUUCAAGAUGUAAUGCUCAGUGAAUGAAACGUCGGCACACAGUGGAGUCUCUCCCAGAGUAUCGGCUUGUACCACGACUUUUCUCUUCGAUGGCGUCCUGAUUGCAUAGCUUAAUAAUUAAGUAUUGUCAAUGUUUUUUAAAUAUUAUAUUUCAGAUGAACGCCUAGUUUAAAGAAAAAAAACUGUGCAUUGCCUUUAUUAUUCUCUGUGGGCCCCAGUGAUGGGCUAGGAUCUGACAAGUCAAAUUGUAUUCAGGGCCCUGAUUGGUUGAGGAGACCCAGUGUGGGACGGCCAAUCAGCAGUGAGUGUGAAAUGUGAGGCGCAGAUCAGAUGAAAUAAAACCUCAUCGCCUGCUUGAAUGUGUAAUAAAUGUUAACGUGUGAACAUGAAUUGUGUAUAAAGCAUCCAGAGAGUAGUUAAAAUAAAUAGCUGCUUCCUGAA